GAGAAGGAUCAUGUGAUGGUGGUGUCCACGUCCCCCUUCGUCCCCAAUCCCGGGCCUGCCGAGCGCCCAGAGAAGAUGGGGCUGCCAGCUCUCGCCCUGCUGCUGGUGGCAGGGCUCCUACGCACGCAGGCCUCCCCCCCGGCGCGCUCCUUCCAGCUGGAUUACGAGGAAGACUGCUUCCGCAAGGAUGGUGCCCCUUUCCGCUACAUCUCAGGCAGCAUCCACUACGCCCGCGUCCCACGCCCCGCCUGGAGGGACCGGCUCCUCAAGAUGUACAUGAGCGGGCUCAGCGCCGUGCAGGUCUACAUCCCCUGGAACUACCAUGAGCCGCUGCCGGGGGUUUAUGACUUUGCUGGGGACCGGGAUGUGGAAGCCUUCCUGGACCUGACAGCCGAGCUGGGGCUUCUGGUGAUCCUGCGGCCGGGACCCUACAUCUGUGCGGAGUGGGAGAUGGGUGGCCUACCCGCCUGGCUGCUGUGGAAACCAGACAUCAUCCUGCGCUCCUCCGACCCCGCCUACCUGGCAGCCGUGGACUCCUGGCUCCAUGUCCUGCUUCCCAAGAUCAAGCCACGGCUAUACCAGCAUGGAGGGAACAUCAUCAGUGUGCAGGUGGAGAACGAAUAUGGGAGCUACUACGCCUGUGACUAUGGGUACCUGCGGCACCUGCUGGGCUCCUUUCGGGUGCUGCUAGGAAGCGAGGUGCUGCUCUUCACCACCGAUGGCACACGGGCAGAGGAGCUGCGCUGCGGCACGCUGCAGGGGCUCUACGCCACCGUCGACUUUGGACCAGGCUCCAAUGUGACAGAGGCAUUUGGUGCCCAGCGCCAGGUCGAGCCGAAGGGGCCCCUGGUGAACUCCGAGUACUACACGGGCUGGCUGGACUACUGGGGGGAAGCGCACGCCAGCACCAGCUCUGUGCAGGUGGCCCGGGGGCUGGAGGACAUGCUGCAGCUGGGAGCCAGUGUCAACAUGCAAGUAGUCAGCUGGCAGGGGACAGCCUGAGGGCGGCGAUGCCCUCCCCUCUGCCAGCAUCGGAGCAGGUACAUGUUCCAUGGGGGGACGAACUUCGCCUACUGGAGCGGUGCUGACUUCAAGGACCAGUACAAACCAGUGACCACCAGCUACGACUACGAUGCCCCCCUCUCGGAGGCAGGAGACCCCACUGAGAAGCUGUUUGCCAUCCGCACGGUCAUCAGCAAGUUCCAGCCCCUGCCAGUCGGUCCAAUGCCACCUGCCACCCCCAAGUAUGCCUAUGGCUGGGUGGCCCUGCGGAAGUAUGCCAACCUCCUGGACGUCUUGGAUAUGCUGUGCCCCUCUGGGCCCAUCCAGAGCCAGUUCCCCCUCACCUUUGAGGCCAUAAAGCAGGUCCAUGGCUUUGUGUUGUACCGCACACAGCUGCCCCGGGACGUCCUGGACCCAGCCGCACUGGGCGCUCCUCCCCACAGCAUCUGUGACCGCGGCUAUGUGAUGCUGCAGAAGGAGUACCAGGGGACACUGGAGCGGGACGGGCAGACAGCACUGCAUGUGACGGGCAGUACUGGGGACACCCUGGAUGUGCUCCUGGAGAACAUGGGCAGGAUCAGCUUCGGGGCCAACAUCAGUGACUUCAAGGGCUUGCUGGGGAACCUCUCCUUAGACUCCAGCCCCCUCAGGAACUGGCUGAUCUAUCCCCUGGCCAUAGACACUGCCGUCCAGCAGGGCUGGCCCCACGCUGCCCUGCCAAAAUCAAGCAGUGGGGGCAGAGCAGGGCCAGCCUUCUACACUGGGACCUUUGAGACCCCUGGCAUCACCUGGGACACCUUCGUGAAGUUCCCAGGUUGGAGCAAGGGCCAGCUGUGGAUAAACGGCUUCAACCUGGGCCGGUACUGGCCUCUCCGCGGGCCCCAGCAGACCCUCUUUGUGCCCGGCUCAGUGCUGCACAUUGGCCGCCCCAACAACAUCACAGUGCUGGAGCUGGAGGGGGCACCCUCUACCCCUCUCUUGCUCUUCCUUGACCGACCCCUUUUCAACAGGACCCUCAGCCGCAGCACUGCGGCCACAGAAUAAACGCAGGGCUGCCGGGCA